AUGAGUCCUUUUGUUCGCGCUCGUAUUCCAGAACUGGAACAUAACUACGACCUUUCCUCCCGGGAAAUGCUCGGAUUCAUCGACGGGCUGAACGAAUCAUUCAUGGCGAAUCCCUUCCUCCAGGCGACAAACACUCUUGGUUCGCUGGUUGGAAUGGUCCCUAUGCAGACUACUCAAAUCAUCGGCGGCAGCCUGUCCGUGGCUGCCGGCCUGGGGGCCGCCGGGGUAUCGAUGGUGCGAACAAAAAUGUACAUGAAGCGUGCAAACGAGACUAUUUUCAACCCUCGGGGCCUCCAUGCACAGAUCUGCAAGACGGAGAAGAUGCUCGCUCAGCUUGGCUUGGAGGGCGAGAAAGAUGUCUUUGAGCAGAAUGCAGAUCAGUCAGUUACGAGUCCUGCCUUAUCAGAUGAACCGAGCUCUCAUGUGAUUUCCAAGCGGAUGGAUGCACUUGGAAGUCGAGUGAUGCCGUUGUCGUUCCAUAUGGUCGAAGCGCCAGUCUCACCGGAGAAUUGGGCGAAAAAGUUUGGUUCUUGGUCUGCUCAACGCGCGGAGAAGAAGCAGCUUGAAAAGCUUGGAGAGAAGCGGGCCGAGGAAGAGGAGGAAAAACAGAAAUUUGACGAGGAGGUUGAGAAAAUCAAGCAGAAUAUGCAGGAGAUCGAGGAAAAGGUUGACCGCUUGGAUCCAAAUCAUCGACGCUAUAAAAGACGCCUGAGAGAUCUCAACAGAGAUCGUCGCGAGCUGCAGCGGGAUCUUGAAAAGGCCGAGCGUGAGUGGCAAUCUGGGCAGAAAAAGCAUGCCGCGAAAAUUCAGAAACGAGGGAAGAAGGAGGCGAACAUGGUCAACAAAAUCUAUUGGAUACUCAUCACUCCGAAAGAGGGAAAUUCUCUAGGUGACGACGAUUGGGCCUCGGAAGGUUCAAGCGAGAGAGAAGUGGAAAUAAAUAAGAAGCUUCAUUGA